GCUAAUGCGAAAAGGACAAAGAACACUUCCUUACGUUCCCUGCAAUUCUCCUGUUUCAUUCACUUCCCGACACUCCAUGUGUGACCCUUUCCCUCCCUCCUCCUCCUUUUUCAGCUUCUUCCCUUUUACUUUGGAGAUUCUGAACUACCCCAAUCUUCACGGCCGGACAUUCAGCAUCAGUUAUAGUUGAGCGACUCCACCAACUGGUCAUCUGACCUAACUCACGUCUUCUACUUCCUUAGUUUCUCUACAAUGAACAAAACAAAACCAAAUCCCAAACCUCUCCUCCUCGUAAUUCUACUACCUUCGAUCCUAUCCUGCCAACCAGCUUUUGCUGUCGACUUUGUCUUCAACGGCUUCAACUCCUCCGACAUGUUGCUUCUCUACAGCAACGCCAGCGUCGAAUCUCGAACCCUAACGCUCACAAACAACACCAACUUCUCCAUCGGUCGAGAUCUCUACAAAUCCAAGAUCCCUACCAAAAAACCUAACUCAUCGUACGUAUACCCUUUCUCAACUUCCUUCAUUUUCUCCAUUGCCCCUUACAAGAACACACUUGCCGGUCACGGCAUGGUCUUCAUUUUUGUGCCGCAAACUGGCAUCAAGGGGACGAGCUCGAGCGAGCAUCUCGGACUCUUCAACUUCACCAACGGUGGUAGCUCCGACAACCAUGUUUUCGGUGUUGAAUUUGAUGUGUUUAAGAAUGAGGAGUUCACGGAUAUUGAUGACAACCAUGUCGGCAUCGAUCUGAAUUCUCUUCAAUCUGUCAAGGCACACGAGGCAGGGUUUUGGCCGGAAAAUAGUGAUGGAAGUGAUGAGAAAAGUUUCAAGAAAUUGAAGCUUAAUAGUGGGGAAAAUUACCAGGUUUGGAUUGAUUACAAGGAUCUUUUGAUCAAUGUUACAAUGGUGCGGGCCGGCGCAAAAAGGCCGAAAACACCGUUGUUGAGUUUUGGCUACAAUUUGUCUGAUGUAUUGUUGGAUGAAAUGUUUAUUGGGUUCACAAGUUCAACGGGGCAGUUAGUUGAGAGCCACAGGGUUUUGGCAUGGAGUUUUAGCAAUUCCAACUUUUCGUUGAGUGAGAGUUUGAUCACUUCUGGUUUACCUUCUUUUGUGCUUCCAAAGAGUUCGAUUUUCGCAUCAAAAGGUUUCAUUGCAGGGAUCACAGUGGGUGAAUUUUUUGUGAUUUGUAUACUUGCUCUGUUUUCUCUGUUUUUGGUCAAGAGGCAUAGGAGGCUAGCAAGGGAGAGGGAGGAAAUGGAAGAUUGGGAAUUGGAGUACUGGCCACAUAGAAUGACUUAUCAGGAAAUCGAGAAGUCGACGAAGGGUUUCGAUGAAGAGAAUGUGAUCGGAGUUGGAGGCAAUGGGAAGGUUUACAAGGGUGUUUUAGCAGGAGGGGCAAAGAUCGCGGUGAAGCGCAUCUCUCACGAAAAUGAUGGGAUGAGGGAAUUCUUGGCUGAGAUUUCAAGCAUUGGGAGGUUGAAGCACAGAAAUUUGGUAGGGUUGAGAGGUUGGUGCAAGCGAGAGAAAGGUAGAAUCAUGUUAGUGUAUGAUUACAUGGAAAAUGAGAGUUUGGACAAAAGGGUUUUUGAUUGUGAUGAGAAUAAGAUGUUGAAUUUUGAAGACAGAAUUAGGGUUUUGAAAGAUGUGGCUUCAGGGGUGUUGUACUUGCAUGAGGGUUGGGAAUCCAAAGUCCUACAUAGGGACAUUAAGGCAAGUAAUGUGUUACUUGAUAAGGAAAUGAAUGGGAGGCUUGGGGAUUUUGGGUUGGCAAGGAUGCAUGGACAUGGUGAAGUCCUCGGCACCACUAGGGUUGUCGGAACAGUAGGUUACUUGGCCCCGGAAGUGAUCCGGAUGGGGCGAGCAUCAGAGCAAACCGAUAUAUUUGGGUUCGGGAUCUUGAUUUUGGAAGUGAUGUGUGGGAGGAGGCCUCUAGAGGAUGGGAGGCCACCUUUGGUGGAAUGGGUGUGGGAACUUAUGGUGCAAGGAAACUUGUUACAAGCCUUUGAUGAGAGGCUAAGGGCUAGGGGAGAGUUUGAUGAGGAGGAAGUAGAAAGGGUUUUGCAUUUGGGAUUGUUGUGUGCAUAUCCUGACCCAAAUGCUAGACCGUCGAUGCGACAAGUGGCUAACUUGUUGGAGAAGAAGAACAACGAUCAGCGGGACGAGUCGGAAGCUGAAGACAUGGAUGCAUAUUUGCUCCGAAAGUUGCAAUCCAAGGAGAUGUGGUCGGAUUUUUCACAAACUUUUGGGUAUGGAUCACAUUCACACCCAACUUUUGAAGACAUCGAGCAGUCCAUAUCCACUUCAAUGUCUCUUUCUUGGUCCAAUACUAGCAUAGUGGAAGGUCUCGAUUCAUACAACAUUAUGAGAAGGAUAAUCAAAAAAGUAGAAUGAGAAAAUCAACUCAGAAGAUCGGUAGCAUCCCAAUUAUAGAAAGCAUGUUCACUCCGCAAGGGUAGGACUCGGUGAGAUUUUUGCUAUGAGAGAAGCUCUUUGUCUUUCUAUUUAAAGACACAAGUGGACCAUCAUUACUAGGACCAUCGAUGUAUCGUGGGCUUAUUAUAUUUGCAUUGCCUCUUUGAAAGGCAGGUAACAAUAUUUGAUCAACUAUCAUAUUAUUAAUCAAAAUUUGCGAGUUUUUCUUAAUAAUAAUGUUAUUCUUAUUAUAUUAUUAUAUCACAACUUUACGACCGAGUUGGACAUGUCAUAUCACUUAAUUAUA